AUGAAUAGCACUAAAAGUAGCGCAGUUACCCAGGAACAUGAAGAGGAAGUUGCCUCAGGAUCCACACGUUUUAAGAUUGCUACACGUGCCAAGAAGGCUGUUAAGCCUGUUCUCUAUGUGAUUGCUGGAACUGUGAAAUUUUGGACAGAAACUAUCCAUUGCAAUCUGAAUCCAAAUGGUAUUGAUCACCCUGUCCCCACAGAAGGUAUUAAUCUGCAACUUGAAGGUGAAGGAGUUGAAUCGCCCUCUGUUAAGAACACUACUAGUCCAAAAGGGCCUGAGUCAAAAGAGACACCCAAGAGACAGGUGGAGCCAGAAAUAUCUAAGUCCGGGACUGUAAAGCUGACCAAGCCUGUGGCGUUAUGGACCCAGCAGGAUGUCUGCAAAUGGCUGAAGAAACAUUGCCCUAAUCAGUAUCAAAUCUACAGUGAGUCAUUCAAACAGCAUGACAUAACUGGCCGUGCUUUGCUGAGACUUACUGACAAAAAGCUUGAACGAAUGGGCAUUGCCCAGGAAAGCCUGCGACAGCACAUUCUGCAGCAAGUCCUUCAGCUGAAGGUGAGGGAAGAAGUCCGAAACCUCCAGCUGCUUACACAAGAUCUCUACUUAAACCUGGAGCAUGGUUUUUUGAGGGUCAUAGAAAAGCAGCCAGCCCUUACAGCCCAUCAAGCCCCAGCAGAGAGCUCUCCAUAAACAUUUCUGGCCUCUGAAGCUGCUGUCCUGCCACUUGAUAUGAAAGUGAACUUUCCUUGAUGAAAAAGGCAUAAUAAAUAGCACUGCCAGAAGGUGACCAUGGAGGAUUGAAGACGAAGUAAAAUCAGUCCACUCAAGAUGAUGCAUUCUGGGAAGACCUGGUUUGCUGUGGAGUAAAAAUGUGGUGCAUAAUAUCCAGUGCUAAUUUGUUGAAAAUGGUCAUUGACAGACCUUUAGCUGGAAAAUUUCUUCCAGUUUUCAUCACUGUGCAUAACUUUUUGAGUUCCCUUUAGGGGACUGUCUAUGCCCUUCACUAGAAGUCCUGUUUUAGCAUGGCAACUACUGGAUUCUUUUAUUAUGUAUGCAGAUGGCAUGAUGUUUUAGGAAAAACUUACAGCAAUUCUCCAAUCUCAGUGGAUAUGUUCACAAUAUUAAACCCCGAUAGGAAUGUAAACGUCUUGUAUAUGUUAGUUUUGCAGUCUAAUGGUAUUCUGUUAAACAAUAUUGGCACUCCAUAUGUGCUUUCUACACAGAACUAGCACAGUCCAUAUAUAUAUAUAAUGGUCUUUUUUUUAAAAUAAUGAGGAUACGUUCCAGUAUUUGUGCUGAGACCGCAUCCACACUGAAGUCCACUGCUAGCAUACCUUCACCAAUUCACAGUAGAUUGUGUAGAUAGAUUUGCACGUGGCAGAGGUGUGACUUCUUUUAUCGAGACUUAGAGAACAGCUGUCACAGGGUAGGUUGAAUGAGCUGUAGGACACUGCGUCUGCUCUCCCUCUCAUCCGCCAAAUAUCAGAGGUUCUUGUUUCUAGUGUGCCAAUGUGUUUUCUUACUUGGCGAGGGAGAGGCAAGGGAGAGAGCCUUUCUCAAAGAUGUAUGUGACCCUGGGUUUGGUCUACGGUAAAACCAGAAUAUACUGGAAGAAUUCAGGUUCUUUAUGCUGGCCACCAUUUAUGUUUUGGGCAGGGCUGGGGAAUCGUAGUCCAAACCAAACUCUCUGAACAAGGUAAAAUGUAAGACUAUACUUCUAAGGAGCAAGACACUCCCUUUGGAGAGGGCAGACUUCUUCAUUAACUUUUUCCACUUUCUAUUUUGGUAGGAACUGGGAAUAAGCAAAUGGUUCCAAUAAGCCUUUCAAUAUACUGUAGCAGGCUCAAGACUGUUGCAUUCAAUCUGAACAUUGUUUUUUGUUCAGUCUCUGAAUGGCUGGCCUCAUCACUGGUUGUAUCACAGCUGGCUGUGGUACUGUUUCUUCCAUGGGGACUCAGUGGAAUUAGUGUCUAUCCCUCACAUCAGGACCUUCUUGACACACUCUUUAUAAUGAACUGAUGCCAUCAACAUACUGAGGGGACUUACCUAUUUGUUCCUUCUUUCUUUAAAAUCAAAGGUAGCUUUUUUGUGUAUUUAUAGGCUAUCACUCUCUCCAGUCUGAUAGGUACUAUAGGGUCACUGUUAGCAUAUAUGUGGGUGAGACAUCAUACUGGUGUGAAAGUGCAGUGAUGGAGAGAAUGUGCAGCUACAUCAAGUCAAAGGGACCUUUUUAGAGGAAGCUCCUGUGUUAUAAUUCUUAAAAACUAUUGUACAGUUCAUUGCUAGAGAAUGGAAGGUCAGCCACUGAGGGUGCCCAUACAACAAACAGGUAAAUACCUUUAGGGCUUCAUUUUUUUCAGAUGCAUAUGGACUUGGGUUUCAGCUCUCCACCCAUCUCAAAUUCAGCAUGUUGGAUACUUCUGCAGUAUUCAGUCCAAAAGCAUAUUAUUUUUACUGAUGACCAAGAUUUUCAGAAGUCACUAGUGAUUUCUAAUGGUUUGGGUCUUUCCAUGGGUUCUCAAAUGGAGCUCCCAAGAAUUACAAAGCAGUAAGCUUCUAUGUUGUCUUUCUGAAAAUCCUGGUCCCUAAUUUUAAAUCAAUUGGUGUAAAAAUUCUCCUUAAGACAUAAGAAUCUUUGCCAAUGGCAACAUUUGCACUUUUUAGAGCUUUUCAUAAGGUUGCAGGUUGGAAUCUGAUACCAAGAGACCGGUCCAUGCACAUGGCACAGGUCCACUGUAAGCUUCAGCAAAUUUUACAGCUCUUUCUGCUACAGGUUUUAAAAAUACUCUCUGGCAACUGACAUCAAGUUCAUGUUGGUACAGCAAUUAAAAAAACCCCACUUUGAUAUAAGUUAUUUUAAAAAGGAGAAUGCUAUACUUCUGCAGUAGGAAUUCUCUUAUUUUACUACCCAGUGAAACAAUCUGGAAUAAUUUGAAUGAUAAAAGAAGAGUUUAUCAGAGAGUGAUAUCUUAAAAGGGCGUGUGAGAAGAAGUUGAGUUAGGCAGAGAGCCACUAGAAGCAUUUUUUGUAUCCGUGUUAGUUUUCAACAUCUUCCAGUAUAUGGGCAUGAAUUUAGAUGUGUGCACUUCUCCUGUUAAAACAGUUUGUUUUAAAAGCUUCCCAGGAUUUUAGCUAUGGUGACCUAGAAAAGCAGUGUUACAGGCCCUGAGAAAUGUGAAAAUCAAGUCCAGACCCUUGUGUAGCCAGACUCGGUGAGAAGUCUGCUGUAGGUGCCUAUCGGACAAAUCUCCUUUGAAGCUGGUGUAGGUCUCCAACCUAUCGCCAGCCUGUGCAUGUGGAUAACUGCAAGCAUAGUUCCCCUGAGCCCCGUGACACUUCUCACGUGUGUAACUGUCUGCCAGAGCCAUAAGGAAAUAACUGUACUUUUUGGCUUGUAUUUAACUAUUCAUUGUGUUUGGAUUUUUUAAUCACUGUUAUUCUCCCAAAGUAGGCCAUGCUUCCUCAGGGAUAUUUAUGAAAUUGUUCUACAUCUCCUGAACAACUAUCUGGAUUCCAGCAUAUUCUUCUGAAAACUUUUUAAUAUAAAUAAACAUGUGGGAGAGAUUUUUGUUGUUAUGAAUGGGGGCAGGUACUGUGUUCUCGGAAAGGCUAUUGAGUGCAGACAAUCAAGUCUAUUGCAUUUUUUAUGCUGAACACCUUAUUAAUAGCAGACACAUCCGCUUUUGCCUGGGUCGCAGGAGCAGUUCAGGGGAAAGAAUUCUUUAUCUCUAGUCAAUAAAUCAUUUAUGUCGAGAGUGCCAAAGACCAAGUCAACAUGAAAGGGAGCAAAUAAGUUAUUCCGGCAAAGGAAGUGGAUUUAAAUACACUCAGAGCCAUUAGUUCAGUGCAGAAGAGUGGGAGACUAAUGCUAUUUUCAUAAAACAGCAAUUAUCAGCCCUGUGAAGACAGAUAAAUUUGCAAAGGCCAGUGCUGCCGUUACACUGUUCACUAGAUAUUAUCUCUGAAACAAAACAGAAUUGCGAUCAGGACAGUGUUCCCCAUGUGCAGACCUGCAGCCUUCCUCCCGUACCCAGUGCCUCUCCCUGCUGCCGUGCUCACCUGGUUUCUUUGUGUUGAAAAAGGUUGCAGCAUCAGACCCUGCUGAGAAUCACUGACAGAAAGUCACCCAUCCCAAGUGCUUCAAACCAUGAGAAGCCCUGCACUAGAAAUCUGAAGGAACUGGUCACCCUAGAAAACACACUGCAGCUGAAAGCAUCCUUUGUGCUGUUUUCUUUGGGUUUUUUCAUCUGCAUGGCUUUCUGUGCCUGAACACCCACCAUUAAUUCUGUUAAGGGAAAUGCAGCCUUCCAGGAGGACAGUUUGAAAAACCUCUUUGGUUUUGCACACCCAGCUGCAUGGCGAUGCUGUACCGGUGGGUUCGUCCCUCCCUUUCUGUUGCUUAGGAUAAGUGUUAUCAUUGGACAGCAGCUACAGCAUCAUUGAGGAAAUCAGACCAUUAAAAAUGACAAAAUUCUGGUUUUGUUCUGCCCUGAACUUUCAGAAGACCCCAGGCCAGACCCCCGACAGACUUACAUUGGCGGUACUCCAUCAAAGUCUCUGGAGAUGUGCUGAUUAGUGCCAGCCAUGGAGCCAGGCCUGGGGCGUUUUUUUGUCAUCACUAAAACUAACCUCCCUCCACCCACCACAAAGCCACAAGAUCUCAGUUAUUCAAAAUUUUCUCAGGCAUGCAAAGUAAAACCCUGCAUCAUUCACAUUGGUCCCCUUUUAACAAUUAACAUCUCUGCCAUCAGAGUCUCCUUGAACGUCCCACUGCAGGACUAUGCUGCAAUUGACCCUGGUAUAUGUAGACUGUGGUCAAUAAGAUUUUAAUUUAAAAAGAAAAGGUCCUCUGGUACAAUUAAAAUUGAUGAGUGAAGGAGAAAGUACUACCAGCAUUACCUGCAACCUCUUAUAGCAAAAUUCUGAAAUUAUCUGGAGUGCAAAAAACCCGACCAACAUAAUGAUUAGGCAGGCUCAUGAGGAUAAAUCAGCAAGUAAGAAAAGAAGAUGUUUGAUGAGGGAAGCCAAAAAAUAUAUGGGAAGUCAGUGGCCAGUAGGUUAGGGCUGCUUAGACCAAAGGCCUUACAUAUAUCCUAAUAAACACCAUCCUAGCAAAGCUAAGUCUGAUGUUAGACAGGCACAGCACAGUGAUUACUCAUAGUACAUGCAAAACCCAACAAAUAUUCUUGUUUUGUAUUUGAAAGCAGUAGGAGGGAGUCGGAUUGCACAUUAAAAUGUAAUUCCUCCUACUCCAUCAAUAAUUACGGGUAAUAUUAAGCAGCAACUAUCCAAACAUUUUUAAAUUUGUAGAACCAUUAACUGAAUCCAAAAGUGAAGGAAAACUUGCCUAGGACUCCUCAGAACUGGAAAACAUAAAAGAAGCUUCAAAUGACACCAGAAACCCAGUAAUUCAAAAGAAUGAGUGAUUUGACCCAGAAAACUAUAGGCUCAUUAGCUUCCUGUCAGUCUUGGGCAAAAUCAUGGAAGGGUUGAUAUGGCACAACCAUUAAAGCAAUUAAAAAUUGACAAAACCUUCUAAAUUAUUUUUAUAGAAAUGUAUCAUGGCAAAAAAACUUGCUAUCAUUUCUUUGUGAUAUCAAAGGCUUGUUGAUAAAAGAAACUGCUAGCAUACUAUACUUAGCCUCCUAUAGAUCAUUUAAUUCUGAUAAAGAACAAAAUAGCACAACACAAAAUCAAUAUCACCCAUAUUAAGUGGAUUAAAACUGAUUACAGGCUAGAUCACAAAAAAUAGCUGCAAAUAUGAAAUUAUCAUCAGCAAGACUAUUUCUAAUGAGCUCCUCCCAAAAUCUGCUCUAUUUUCAAUAUUCCUCCCAGGGAAAGAGGAAAUUACUGUUGGCAACAGCCAGAGAUGACAAAAACAGGGGCGUGGUAAAUAAUGAUAUGGAGCAGGUCAGUGGUAGAAGGUAACCUGGAGGACAGCAAAGUCAGAAAUCCAGGAGACAAGGCAGUAAGUCCGACUUAGAGGCAUGGGGAUUAUGUCUGGAAUAAUACAGUGGCUGGGAAGGUGUGAUAAAUAAUAUGUUCACCAUCAGCCCUGGAGACGUUUUUGCCAGCUGGGAUGUAGGACCUCGCAAUAGUGAUGCUGUUCCAGUUUGUUUGGUUACUGCCUGUCUUCCAAAAAGGGUAUUGGCAACCUGGAAAUAUUAUUUUCAAGAGUUCCCAGUGUCAUUCAAGGGCAGGAAAACAGGUCUUAUUAUAGUGUCAGACUAAUGAAGCUGAAGCUAUUAAUUUAUCAGAGGCAAUUUAAAGAGGUGACUUGAUCUCUGUCUGCAAUCACAAUCUUCUACCUGGGCAGGGAAGUGCUGUCUGAAGGCAGGUAGCUCUUUUAUUUAGUAGAAAAGGGAAUGAUGUGCUCUACUGGUUGGAAACUGAUUUCAGGCUAGAAAUUAAGUGCAAAUGCUCGACAGGGAGGAUAAUUACCUGUGGAGACAACUUACUUAGUUACCUGGCAUGUUCUCCAUCACAUAAAGUCUUUAAAUGUAUGCAGAGUAUUUUUCUAAGUCAAUAAGCUCUACCUCAAACUGAAAUCCAGGCUCAGUGCAGCAAUUACUGGAUGCGGUUAUUAGGUGUGUGUUAUGCAAGGAUUAGACUAGAUCAUCAGAUAUAAACUUCUGAAUUAAAAAUAUCUUAAAGUUUCCAAUAUUACAGCAAGGCAUGGCAACCUAUAUCCAUUUUUUCACACAAAGUAGGUCUUAAUUUAAACAGCUUAUAUGAACAGAGCUAUACUUGCUAGCAUUUGGUAUGAGCAUCAGUAGGUCUGCUCACAGUUGUUCUGCACAUAAUUAAAGCAGAGAACUGGACUAGAAAUGACAACAAAAACCCUUGGACAUACAGAGAAAGUCUGUUGUCUUUCAUUAAUAACAGCCUGGGACAAAAUUUUGCACUUAAAUGAUGGGGCCAAGUGGCUGUGUAGUCCAAGCGAGGAAUGACAACUCUGGUUUGCCUCUUAAGUAAGAAGGUAGCACCUUGCUGGCAAGAAACACAUUUUCCUGCCUUCAACAACUGGCAGAGAAGCUGUGGUGCUGAUUGAGAGUUAUAUUGUAUUGCUGUGCAGCUGAACACAGUACACGAGUUCCUUGCUUCAAAGACAGCAAACUGUUCCUGCUAUCAUGAUGAGCCCCAUCAGAGGCGGUUAAUAAACCCUAGAAAUGAAAUGACUUCAGUGGGACUACCCAGAGUAAUGACAGCUGCUCCCAGCAGUGGAUUUUUGCAAGAUUGGGCCCUAUUACCAUUGCCUCGUUUGAAUGUUGUAUGUUAGAAACAAGCAAAGGAGCCCUCAGUGUCUGAUUCAGGUUUCACAAAAUCGCUGUUGAUAGGUGCGAGGGAAGUGUGAACUGUCAGCACCACCUUCUACUGGGCUUCACUGGGCAGUGGGGAGCAGCACGAACUAGGCUGUGUGGUUUAAAGAGUAAACAGUUCACGCAAAAAAGAGAAACUAUAAAAGCAAUACUUACUGUAAAUUGGUAUUGAAUCGACAUCAAGCUGAGAUGAGAAGGGAGCUAGCUACAGCCAUAGCUAAGAAGAUAAAGAUCUUUGGGGAUUCUUGCUCUAAUCCAGUGUGAAAUCCUAAGAAAAUGAGUUUGGUCUAGAUUUAUUGUUUAAAAAACAUCAGUACAAGCCAGCCGCCUGUCAAAUAAAUUCUGCAGAGUCACUGGCUUCAGUAUGUGAUGGCUUACAGUGUCCUCACACUGCUGAGACACCUUGCACCUCUGGAGGAGAGCAGUCCUUAACAGGCAUCUCUGGGGUCGGGCUGGAUGGAGAAGCAGCUGAUCUUGCAGAUGACCGUAUAACUAACAUCUGCUUAUAACCCGCCAUACAGGCAGGGUUGCCAGCACUAUUACACCACUUUCAGGCUUAUUCUGACAAUGAAAUGAAAAGCUCUUUUCUGAUUUUAAUUCCAAAUAUAUUUAAAUACUUUCUCAGAAAAAAAAAAAUCCUCUGUAGCUGUUACAUCUCUAAUCACAUUACUUCUAUUAAGCACUUGCCUUGAAAUCAUCUAUUUAAUAUCAGAAGUCACCAAAUUAUAUAGUGAUACACAGGGAUUUUUUAAAGCAGAGACAUCGAUAUUGCAGCAAAACUGCACGUAAGCAAUAAGAAGCCAUGCAGGGAGGAAAAAAACCCACAGUCUGCCCCAUCAGGUGUUAUGGGGACUUGUUUGUUUUGUUUUUUUUAUUGAGAGCAUGGUUUUACACCUGGACAUGUUUUCCCUACUGAUCCAGGCUCUGGUCUCAAGACCAGUCCAGAUAAAGAAAUGUUUCAUCUACAUCCCUUGUAUGCAAGAGGCUCCUUCUCUGCUUUUCUUCUGAGACAGUAGAAGAGAGAUUAAGUGGCAACAGAGAAAGCACACAGGGACACGAGCUUCCAGCCUAUGCAAAACAUCUCAUCGUGAGACCCAGCUCUCAGCCUGCUUCGCCUGAGUCCAACGCCACUGACCGAGGAGAGGGAUGAGGCUGUGCUGGGCUAACCCGCCAGUGAAGCCCUGUGUCCUGGGCUGCUGAAGCUGCUGCGGGAGACACAUUACCUUGCAGAAUCAGACCCCGUGUUUCAGGGCAUCAGCUACAGUUAUUGCUGUCUGCUGGGCUUCCCCUAAAAUACAGAUGAACUGGACGGGGCAGAGCUCUGGCUAUGGGAAUGCCCAACAUUUCCCCAGGGAGGCUGUGUGCUCUGAGGAGAAGACUCCUUUGCUUUGCACUUAGCUGCUUGGCAAGCCUAAGAGACAUAUUUUGAACUUUCUCACAGUUAUUGCAGAAUCGGAAAGUGGCAUGGACAUGCUUUGGGACAUGCUGGGCUUUGCUUUCAGUUUCUUGUAGGGACUGUAGCUAUCUGGAUUUGCCUUGCAAUUAUUAUUUCUUUCUCACAAGUGGGGGUAAGGUAGGAGUAAUGCCUGCCUGGCUCUGCACAGUGUAAACAGGCAAAGGGGGCUCUAAAGUUGGUCUCCUCUCUUUCUGGGAGUUGAAUUUAAGGUUGAUUGAACUGACUUUGGGGAGAGCAGAUAACUGUCAGCUAGAAUUACAGUCACACCUGAGUUGUCUCCAAAGGCCGCCCCCAAAUCAGCAGCCCAUGGACAGAAUCAGAUGCCAGGCUGUGCGUGCACAUCGGCGCUGGCAGCUGAUGAUGUGCGUGAGCUGCAGGGAGCGAGAGGGAGGCUGGGAUCAAGGUCCUGGGAGAUCUGGUGGCCUGAUGCAGGAGAGCUGCUCACAGAAAGGCUGAAUGCAAGCCCGUGGCUGUGCUGUGUGGUCAAAACGGUCUCCUGAAGCCAGCAAGUUGUGUCUGGUCUACCUGCCUUUGGAGUCAGUUCUGGUUUACAUUCACUAAGGAAAAAACUCUAAACCACUGAUCUCCUUUUAAUGUUAACUUGGUUGAAAAUCUAGGAAAAUGCUAGCACUCUUAAUGGUUAAAAAAUGACACACUGUUACUCUCAGUCCAUCUACGGCUGAACUUUUUAAAGAUGGAGCCAAAUGAGAUGGCAUAAGACAAAAGUGUGCCUUUGUGUUUGAUGUACACUGCAUUUCCCCAGGCAUCCAAGGUGUUCAUCUGUACAGCAGUGCUUUUUUUCCCAAAACAGAAAUUACAACGCAAUCUAAUUUUUAAUAUACAAAGUGGCCAUCACUGUUAAUUCCACUCUACAGUUUUUAUAUUUACUCUUUAAUUCCUUCUGUUUUCAAAAAUCAACAACAAAAAAACAACCCAGGUGGGAGGGAGCAAUUCUUUUAAAUGAUUAAAUUAAAAUCAUUAUCAAAUUUUUGGUAUCUUUGGGCAUGAUCUCUGGAAGCUUUGGAUAUCUGCUUUAUCAUUUUGUAUAUUUGACAAUUUUGUACUCUGCAUUGUUUGACUUCAUUUGUGCAUGGCGAUGUAUUAAAACAUGGAAUUUUUAUUAUACAGUAAAA